GGCUACCCCACUUGGUGUCUGGUGUCUUUAAGUUUUGAUUCAACUUGCCUGCCCGCGACUGUGUGUUUUAAAAGAGAUUAAGCGUGGAUCGUAUCCGCUAAUCGUUCAAAACAUUUCCAGUAUUUCUAUAAACAUCGGGCUGGAGGUCUGUGCGGUGGGUAACAAUACCUGUAUGCCCAGCGUGUCUGGUCUUAACUCUGGCAUCUACCACUCGCAGGCCGGCUAGUCCCCAGAUACGAUAAAGCCGUCUCACAGAGACGAAUUGUGGUUUUUUUUUUCUUCCUCUCACUAGUGUCCGUUUAGUUAAUGCUGCAACUUUCCGAGGUUGAAGGUAAUUGUUGAAAUAAAACCUUGCUACCGGAAAUCAUUAAAUUUUAUCUUCAGACAUGCUGUCUACUGUUAGUGUCUUGAGGCUGUGGAUAAUUUCUUUGAUUUGUGUUCAUUACGGAGCUUCUGAUGGAACAAAAGACCGUUCUAAAAAAGGUUGUGAUCACCUAAAGGCAUGCCUUGACCACUUCCCCAUGUUUGUGGACUUCAUAGAGCACGAUAAAUCUAGAGCUCUCGCUACCUUGUCGUACGAUACGUUAAUUAACUUUGUCUGCAGCAAGAAAAGUAAGCUGAACAAUUGCGUGGCUAGAACGUCUUGUCAAACAACCAAAAAGUUAACUGCGAGCAUUGUUAACGAAAUGGUGCAGUACAUUUGUAAUGGCGGGAGAAACGUGUUGAUGUCUGAGUCAGGCUGUUUCUCGCGUGAUGCCUUCGAGUGGGGAACCUACCAGUGCUCCUCUGCCAUGAAACUUGAGAUAGAAAUCAUCACACUUCAGAUCAAAACUUUAAACGAAAGUCACGACAAAUUCUGCAAAGUGUUUGAUAACCUACUGAAGUGUAUUCAUGCGAAUGUUGAACGCUCCUGCUCAACAAAGGCUGCCAAUUUCGUCAGAUUCCUAUAUGGUCUUACAGUCAAGCCACUGGCAGCAAGCAUUAACUGCGCCAAAAUUCUGGAAGGGCUUUUAAAGUCCUGAAGUUAGCGACCAUAUUCCGCAAUUAUUCAUGACUGCUUGAGGAACACGCCUAGAACAAGGAUACUGUGAUGGGCUUAAGAUGAACUUCAGCACAAUUUACAUUAUUUAUGCAAUAGGCAUUGCAAGUCAAAGCUUUAACACUUUUUUGUAUAACUAACAUGUCUAAUAAAAUUUGUACUAACUUUA